UAGUGAGCAAAUGUCCUCAUGCCACCCUGGCUUUGCCUCCUCUCUCAGAGCAGCCAUAAUAUCGCUCUCCUGUCCAGUGCCACCAGUUUGUCAGCUGGGUCACAGUGAUGGUCCGAGGCUCUUGAGCAGGGUGUAGAGAAGCAGGGCUAGAUUGUGUGGGCUUGUACUAAGGUAUCAUUUGGGAAAAGUGACUUCUAGACUGAAUAUCAGUUAACAUUUCCAGUGAUUCCUCCUUUUAGAUGAGUUUGUGUGAAAUGUAGCUGCCAUCAGUGAUGAUGGAAACCCUGGAUCUGUGCAGAAGGAAGUGUUUGGGUGACAUAAUUGCUUGUCCUUUGGAAUUAGGGACAAAUAUAAUGAGAGUGGUAGGAAGUGGCACCAUUUAUGUGUCAGUGGCAUUCCUCCUCCCUGGCCAGGCACCAAGACCUUUGUUGCAUGUGUGGCUCAGUACAGUGGAACGCCGUGGCUCUGUGGGCAUGGGACAUUGUGGUUGAUAACUGUGCCAUUUGCAGAAACCACAUUAUGGAUCUGUGCAUAGAAUGUCAAGCCAACCAAGCAUCGGCUACCUCUGAGGAGUGCACAGUUGCAUGGGGUGUCUGCAAUCACGCUUUCCACUUCCACUGCAUCUCUCGCUGGCUCAAAACUCGCCAAGUAUGUCCUCUGGACAACAGGGAAUGGGAGUUCCAAAAGUAUGGACACUAGAGAGAUGGUCCCACGCUUCUUGUUAUGUCAUCGAACUCAGUUGUUCUUGUCACCAUGGGUUUGUUUUAGUGACUUGGAAAGUCAGUAAUGUAUACAAUUCUUCUCUCAUGCUAAUUUCUUCCUAUUGUAUACCAUUGAAUAAAGUCUUGCUGGAGCUUCCUGUCGAA